GCGGCGGCGGCGGGGGCUGGCUUGCUCAAGGAGGCGCCGCCGCCGCCGGGAUCUCCGAGCUAGGAGCGAACCCCGGAAGGCGGGGGGGAGCGGGCUCCCCCUCGCGAUCGGCGGGGACAGCCAGUCCUGUGGAACAAGGGGGCGGUCCCGGAGGCCCAGCGACGCCCGGGAAGGAGCAGGAGCCGGGCGAAGGGUGGACAUGAGCGACCACCUGAGACCAGCCUCGGACCGCUAGGGGCGGACCCAGCAGCCCCUCCUCUCUCCUCGGAAUCUCGGAACCUAAGAGGAUGGAGCCAAAUACCUGCAAGACCAGCGAAUCGGAGGAAGACUACGUUGGGGAAGAGGAAUCCGAGGAGGAAUGUGUUCAAGGGGAAGCUACCAUCCCUUCUGACUCUCCUCAGCAGGAACUCUCAAAGGCUGACUAUAAGGAAUUUGGGGAUGGAGUUCCCUUAUCUAUUGUGGCCAAGAAAAUUCCAAAGAAAAUCAUAGCCCCAACUGACUCAGAUGACUUAGAAGUUGGGAGGAGAAAGAGAAGGCGGAAACGCAGACCCCUGGCCAUCAACCUGACCAACUGCAAGUAUGAGAGCGUGCGUCGGGCAGCCCGAAUGUGUGGCCUGAAGGAGGUGGGGGAGGACGAAGAAUGGACUGUGUACUGGACAGACUGCUCUGUCUCACUGGAACGAGUCAUGGACAUGAAGAGGUUUCAGAAAAUCAACCACUUCCCUGGAAUGACAGAAAUCUGCCGCAAAGAUCUGCUGGCUCGGAACCUCAACCGCAUGCAGAAACUCUAUCCUACCGAGUACAACAUCUUCCCCCGCACCUGGUGCCUCCCUGCAGACUUUGGGGACUUCCAGUCCUAUGGUCGUCAGCGAAAAAGCCGCACUUACAUCUGCAAGCCAGACAGUGGCUGCCAGGGACGGGGCAUCUUCAUCACCCGAAAUCCCCGGGAGAUCAAGCCAGGAGAGCAUAUGAUCUGCCAGCAAUACAUCUCCAAGCCCUUCCUCAUUGAUGGCUUCAAGUUUGAUAUGCGAAUCUAUGUCCUGAUCACAUCCUGUGACCCUCUUCGGAUUUUCAUGUAUGAGGAGGGCCUGGCCCGCUUUGCCACUGUGCCCUACGUGGAGCCCAGCCAGAGCAACCUGGAUGACGUCUGCAUGCACCUGACCAACUAUGCUAUCAACAAACACAAUGAGAAUUUUGUCCGAGAUGAUGCUGUGGGCAGUAAGAGGAAGCUGUCAAUGCUCAACGCCUCGCUGCGAGAACAUGGCUACGACCCCCGAGAGCUGUGGGGGGACAUCGAGGACAUCAUCAUCAAAACCAUCAUCUCAGCCCAUUCCGUUCUUCGCCACAACUACCGAACCUGUUUUCCCCAAUAUCUGACUGGAAGUACAUGUGCCUGUUUUGAGAUCCUUGGUUUUGACAUCUUGCUGGACCACAAGCUGAAGCCCUGGCUGCUGGAGGUAAACCACUCUCCAAGUUUCACCACCGACUCCCGCCUUGAUCGAGAAGUGAAGGAUACACUUCUCUGCGAUACCAUGACCCUUGUCAACCUCCGUGGCUGUGACAAAAGGAAGGUGAUGGAGGAAGACAAGCGGCGAGUCAAGGAGCGGCUUUUCCAGUGCCACCAGCAGCCACGAGAAGCCAGGCGAGAACACAUUGAGUCGUCCCACGCAGCAAUACUGGACCAGGAGCGCUAUGAGGAUUCCCACCUCGGGGGGUACCGGCGGAUCUACCCUGGGCCUGACACGGAGAAGUACACACCUUUCUUCAAGCACAAUGGCUCCCUUUUCCAGGAGACUGCUGCUUCCAAGGCCAGAGAGGAGUGUGCCAGGCAGCAACUGGAAGAGAUCCGCCUUAAGCAGGAACAGCAGGAGACCUCAGGCAGUAAGAGGCGAAAGGAAAACAGGGACCAGAACCAGGGCGAAUCAGCAGGGGAGAAGAGCCGAUCCAGGGCCCGGCUCCAGGGCCUUUCCACCCACUUGGCUUACCGGAACCGGAUCCGGGAGAAAGAGCUGCUACCGGUACACCUGGGUACCAGGCAUCCUCAGGAAAUCGUGGAAGAAGAGGAGCUGGAGCGAGUGAAGGCCCUGCUACAAAGGGAGAAUCUCAUCCGAAGCCUCGGUAUUGUAGAGCAGCUCACGCGCAUGCUGCACCCCAGCCACCGGGGCCAGAAAAAACUUCAUGAGUAUCGGCCUAGAUUUCACCAGGACGGGCUGGGCAGUCAAGAACUGCAAUCUGUGAGUCUGGUCCCACUGGUCCUCCUGAGAGGGGCCGCCAAAGAGCAGGGCCGCCCUCAUUUCCUGCAUCCAGUUCGGGCCCACAAAUUGAUCCCCAGGAUCUUAGGGCCACUACCAGCCAUGAACGCAGCAAUUCCACAUCAUUCCUGGUGCCACCUACAGCCCAAGACCUUCAACUGGAUAGGAGAUCCAGCAGCCAUCGGCCCCUGUUCAUUGUCAAUGAAGACAUCUGGAAGGCGCUAUUUUUCCAGUGCCAGAGUCAGGCUCACUAGCCAAGGCCAAGCCAGCAGAAGGCUAGAAGCCAUAAACAGAGCCCUGGCAGGAUCAGUGCCAUCCUCUUUAACCCCAAAGCAGGGCUAUCUUCUGCAACCAGAAAGAGUGCCAAGUGGCUCAUGGACUGAAUGCGCCUUGCCCUCCGCGGUAGACUCUGAACACAGAGCACCCAAGGCCCGGGAUCUCACUCUCUGCCCUGCCUCUGCACCCCUGAUGCUGCGCACCACCGCCCUCCUUGACAUCAGCCACCAUAGGCUCAAUACUCUCCACAUCCGGGGCCGGGAAGGGUGUGCCGCAUACGGGUUCAAGCCCAGAUAUCCCGCCCUCGGCCGGAAGCGGGAAAGACCCGCGGCCAUCCCUGCUUCCGGCCCGCCUGUCCACUUCCGCCCCCGCCCCCAGACUUCCGGUACUGCGUGUUUCGGGCUGCCGAAGGCUGUUGUGGACAUGGCGGUUACUCUGAGCUUCUUGCUGGGCGUGCGUGUACGUGCUGCUGUUGCUCGCUGUGGGUUCGCGACCCGGGGGGUGGCAGACCCCGGCUCUCUCGGCCGCGAGCCGGACCCCGAUUCCGACUGGGAGCCGGAGGAGCGGGAGCUGCAGGAGGUGGAGAGCACCCUGAAACGACAGAAAAAAGCCGCCCGGUUCCAGAAAAUUCGGAGGCAAAUGGAAGCGCCGGGUGCCCCGCCCAGGACCCUGACGUGGAAAGCCAUGGAACAGAUCCGGUAUUUACAUAAAGAAUUCGCAGAGUCCUGGUCAGUUCCUAGAUUAGCUGAAGGCUUUGGUGUCAGCACUGAUGUGAUCCGAAGGGUUUUAAAAAGCAAGUUUGUACCCACAUUGGAGCAGAAGCUGAAGCAGGAUCAAAAAGUCCUUAAGAAAGCUGGGCUUGCCUACUCACUCCAGCAGCUCCCCAGCUUUGGGGAUACCUUGAAGUCGCUAUCUGCAAGCCACUCUGGAUCAGGCUCUUUGUUGCUGCAAAGUGGUGAAUCCUCAUUCAAAGGCUGGGGUCACAGCACAGCUUUGCACGUGAUAGAAUCAAACACUCAUGGUACAAAUACACCAAGGAGACAGAAGGGAGGGAAUAAAGGAAUCCGGGUCCCGGAGGAGGAGCGCUCUGUGCCUGUUGCAGCGGCCGUAGGUCAUCAGCGAGAGCUGCAGAAAUACUCCACCAGUGAUGGUGCGGGCAAGAGAGGAACUGAUGGUUAUGGAUUGCCAAGUGACAAGCUGGAAGAUGUGAAGGCACAGGAGCCAGGUGAUCAGAACUUCAGCAGCAAAGUAGUCCAGAGGGGGCGAGAGUUCUUCGAUAGCAAUGGGAACUUCCUGUACAGAAUUUGAGCUGGAGCAUGGCUUAUGUAGAUGCCAAGUGAAACACAGCUGGGAGAGUAUAUUUGGAGCUGCCUGGACUUCUGUCUAUGGAUUAUCCGCCUUGGGACAGGAGGAAAUAAUGAGCCUGGAAUGUGGGAGGAAAGAGCUGCUCAUUUGAAUCUGACAAAAUGCAGUGAACUUCACAGGGCAAAUGUGUAUGGCAGGGCAGGGUUAAUGACUGGCUCGGUAGAUUUCUAGCUUCCUGGAGCACUGCUCCUGGUCUGACCCACCUGGAUCUUUAGUACUCACCCUUCUUGCUUGGGCUCUCUAUGUUGAAACUAGCCCAUGUUGCAUGUAUUGUUAGGACUUUCUGUGAUACUUGCAAUAUAUGUUUGGGAAAAAAUGAAAAGUUUGCCUUCUGACCUUAGAAGUAAGCAACUUACUUCUUGAUUAACGAACAUUAAUAAUUCUGGAACUGCUUAGUCGAUUGUUUUCAUUAUGUGCAAAAAUAAAGUAAAAUGUAGCAGUUUG